AUGGAAAGUCCUUUGACCGUCUGCUACGUUGACCAAGCAACUUGCUGCCUCCACAGGCCCCUGCAGCGAGCGCCCAGGGCUGGGGUGAAGGCGGAUGUGGCACUGGGCAACCCGCCCUGCUCCUCGGCCGACUCCCCAUCCCUCCUCGGCUGGCAGCCAGCGCUCCCGUGCGAGACCCGGCUCCAGCUGCCCCGACACCCCGGGCCGCCGAAAGAAGGGACGCGGGGGGCUCGCUGGCUCCCGCAAGCGCCCCUCCACGGAGGCCGAGCAGAGACGCCGCCAACAGCCGGGACACGGCUCCUCGCAGACGGCCUUGACCUAACAGGGAGAUUUCUCUUUGCAGUCUUGACCCUGAUGACGCUAAUUGGCAAUCUGGUGUUUAUAGAGGAAGCGGUCUACAUCUACAGGAAAAUCCCCUCCUCCAAAAGAUCGAUCAUAAUUUGGAUUAAUGCUGCAGCUCCGGUGAUCGCUACUACUGCAUGCGUUGGCAUGUGGAUUCCUCGCUCAACAAUGUUUACAGAUUUCACAGCAGCAGUAUUUUUUGCCAUAGUUAUCCACAAGUUCCUGAUGAUGAUGAUUAAAGAAUGCGGAGGUCAAAAGCUGCUCCUCAGGCGGUUUGAAAAUGAUCGCUUCAAGAUCAGCACCGGUCCCUGCUGCUGCUGCUGCCUUUGCCUCCCUCGUGUGCCCAUCACUAGGCGAACCCUCUUUUGGCUGAAGCUGGGCACCUUUCAGUUUGCUUUCCUUCGACCCGUGCUCAUGUUUUUAUCAAUAGUGCUUUGGACCAAUGGCAAUUACACCCUUUACAAUUUAUCUCCCAAAGGAGCUGCAAUAUGGAUUAGCUGCUUCAUUGGUGUCCUCACCAUUAUUGCUCUGUGGCCGGUUGGAAUCAUGUUUCAACAAGUUAGGACUCUCCUCAUCGGUAAGAAGAUCAUCCCAAAGUUUGCUCUUUAUCAGUUUAUCCUCAUUCUGAACCACCUGCAGGCAGCUAUUAUCAACAUCUUGGCCAUGCAAAGAGUUAUUCCCUGUGCUCCACCACUCUCCUCUUCAGCAAGAGGAGCCUAUAUGAUCCAUCAGCUCCUCAUCAUGGAAAUGUUUCUGAUAACCCUAAUCUCAAGGGUGGUCUAUCGGAGAAGAUACGAUGACCUAGAGCCUCUGGAGUACAAGGAAAAGAAAACCCUACUGCAGAAAGUGCACUGA